CGUCUUGUCCCCCGAAUUUCGCCUCUUUCCAAUGAUUCGCCAAAAAAUCAGAGUGACAGAGUUGUUCGAGUUUUUAAUACCGAGAGUGAUAAAAAUUUUACGACUGCUGAGAGACAUGCUAGACAGCACCAUGCGCCGGAUGAAGAGAUUUGUUUUGGCACGGAGUGAUGAGAAGAAUCCCAUUUGGAAGAGCUCGGACAAUCUCCUAGAGUCGUCCAGAAGCGAUGAUUUCGAUGAGAGACGUACCUCCUUGGAGGAUGACGACCUAUCGGUGUCGACCAGCCGCCGGCGAUCUGAGACACCAGGACUCACGCCCAGCAUGUCCCAGGGCACGGUGAUGAUCCAGACCCAAAGUCCAGGACAAGAGAAGGACUUCACUGUUGCAACGCCCGAAGAAUUUGUUCACCGAUUCAAUGGGACCAAAGUCAUUAAUAAGGUUUUAAUCGCCAACAACGGCAUAGCAGCGGUGAAAUGCAUGCGUUCAGUGCGAAGAUGGUCGUACGAAAUGUUCAAAAACGAGAGAGCCGUGCGUUUCGUGGUGAUGGUGACCCCGGAGGACCUGAAGGCCAACGCCGAGUACAUAAAAAUGGCUGACCAGUACGUCCCCGUGCCAGGGGGUUCAAACAACAACAACUACGCCAACGUAGAGUUGAUUGUUGACAUAGCCCUGCGAACGCAGGUACAGGCGGUCUGGGCGGGCUGGGGUCACGCCUCGGAGAACCCCAAGCUCCCCGAGCUCCUCCACAAGAACAACAUAUCCUUCAUCGGUCCCUCCGAGCGAGCGAUGUGGGCGCUCGGCGACAAGAUCGCCUCGAGCAUCGUCGCCCAGACAGCGGAGGUCCCGACCCUCCCCUGGUCGGGCUCGGAGCUCAAAGCCCAAUACAGCGGAAAGAAGAUAAAAAUAUCGUCCGAGCUGUUCCGAAAGGGCUGCGUGUCGACGGUGGAGGAGUGCCUAGCAGCCGUAAAAAAAAUCGGCUUUCCAGUGAUGGUGAAGGCGAGCGAGGGUGGGGGUGGCAAGGGCAUCCGCAAGGUGGAGAACGCCGAGGAGCUCCCGUCGCUCUUCCGUCAAGUCCAGGCGGAAGUCCCUGGCUCCCCGAUAUUCAUAAUGAAAUUAGCGAAAUGCGCCCGCCACCUGGAGGUCCAACUUUUAGCCGACAACUACGGCAACGCCAUUUCCCUGUUCGGCCGUGACUGUUCGAUCCAGCGGAGACACCAGAAGAUCAUCGAGGAGGCACCGGCUGUCAUAGCGAAGCCCGAGAUUUUCGAGGAGAUGGAGAAGGCCGCGGUGAGGCUCGCGAAGAUGGUGGGCUACGUCAGUGCGGGCACCGUGGAGUACCUCUACGACACAUCCGGGCGCUACUACUUCCUCGAGCUGAACCCGAGACUCCAGGUGGAGCAUCCCUGCACGGAGAUGGUGUCGGACGUGAAUCUCCCAGCGGCGCAGCUGCAGAUUGCCAUGGGUUUGCCACUGCACCACAUCAAGGACAUUCGUCUGCUGUACGGCGAGAGCCCCUGGGGGGACAGCACCAUCGACUUCGACCAGCCCCGGCACAAACCGCAGCCCUGGGGCCACGUGAUAGCAGCCAGAAUCACCAGUGAGAACCCGGACGAGGGGUUCAAGCCCUCCUCGGGGACAGUCCAAGAGCUGAACUUUCGGUCGUCGAAGAACGUCUGGGGUUACUUCUCGGUGGGAGCGUCCGGGGGUCUCCACGAGUUCGCGGACUCCCAAUUCGGCCACUGUUUCUCCUGGGGGGAGGACCGCAAUAUGGCGCGUGAGAACCUGGUGAUCGCCCUGAAGGAGCUGUCCAUCAGGGGGGACUUCCGCACGACUGUCGAGUACCUCAUCACUCUUUUGGAGACGGAGUCCUUCCAGAUCAACACCAUCGACACCGCCUGGCUGGACGCUCUCAUCGCCGAACGCGUCCGCAGCGACAAGCCCGAUGUCCUGUUGGCGGUCACGUGUGGGGCCCUCCACAUCGCCGACCGCACCAUCAUGGCGGCCUUCAGUGGCUUCCAGGCGGCGCUUGAUCGAGGCCACAUACAAGCCAGCAAUGAUCUCAAUAACGUCUGCGACGUCGAGCUGAUCAACGACGGAUGGAAGUACAAGAUCCAGACAGCCAAGUGCGGACCCAACAGCUACUUCCUGGUGAUGAAUGGAUCCUACAAGGAAGUCGAGCUCCACCGGCUCUCCGACGGUGGCCUCCUGCUGUCCCUGGACGGCUCGAGCUUCACAACAUACAUGAGAGAGGAGGUCGAUCGUUACCGCAUCGUCAUCGGCAAUCAGACCUGCAUCUUCGAGAAGGACAACGACCCCUCGCUCCUUCGAGCCCCAUCAGCUGGAAAGCUCAUAAAUUUCCUGGUCGAGGACGGCGGGCACAUCGAGGCGGGCCAGGCUUACGCCGAGAUCGAAGUCAUGAAGAUGGUGAUGACGGUUACAGCUAGUGAAUCGGGCUCUGUUUUCUACGUUAAACGUCCUGGCGCUGUCCUGGAGGCCGGCACUCUCAUUGCACAUCUGGAGCUGGACGAUCCCUCCCUGGUGACCAAAGCCCAGGAGUACACUGGGCAGUUUCCCCCGCCGACAGUGCCGGCAGUCCCUGAGAAGCUCAAUCUCCUUCAUGCCAAGUACAGAGCCGCCCUGGAGAACACUCUCGGCGGUUACUGCCUGCCUGAUCCCUACCACCUGCCCCGACUGCGCGAGCUGAUCGAGAAAUUCAUGAGUUCCCUCAGGGAUCCCAGUCUACCCCUCCUCGAGCUCCAGGAGGUGAUCUCCACGAUAUCAGGGCGAAUACCGAUUUCGGUGGAGAAGAAGAUCCGGAAAAUGAUGACUCUCUACGAGAGGAAUAUCACGUCUGUUCUGGCGCAGUUUCCCUCCCAGCAGAUAGCUGCUGUCAUAGACGUACACGCAGCAACAUUAUCGAAGAGGGCGGAGCGAGACGUCUUCUUCCUGACGACUCAGGCGAUCGUGCAGCUGGUCCAGAGGUACAGGAACGGCAUUAGGGGACGGAUGAAGACAGCUGUUCACGAGUUGCUGAGGCAGUACUACACCGUUGAGAGCCAAUUUCAGCAGGGACACUACGACAAAUGCGUGUCCGCCCUGAUGCAGAAGUACAAGGACGACUUGCCCACGGUCACCAACACGAUAUUCAGUCACAAUCACGUGACGAAGAAGAAUGUCCUGGUGACGAUGCUGAUCGAUCACCUCUGGGCUAACGAGCCUGGCCUGACUGACGAGCUUGCAAGUACCUUGACAGAGCUGACGAGCCUCAAUCGUUCGGAGCACAGCAGAGUGGCACUUCGUGCACGUCAGGUGCUCAUUGCAGCUCACCAACCAGCUUACGAGCUUCGUCACAACCAGAUGGAGUCGAUAUUCCUGUCGGCAGUGGACAUGUACGGCCACGACUUCCAUCCCGAGAAUCUCCAGAAGUUGAUUCUCUCUGAAACCUCGAUCUUCGAUAUUCUUCAUGAUUUCUUUUACCACACGAAUCGUGCUGUCUGCAAUGCAGCGCUCGAAGUUUACGUGAGGAGAGCGUACAUCAGUUACGAGCUGACGUGCCUGCAGCAUCUCGAACUGUCUGGGGAGAUACCCCUCGUCUACUUUCAGUUCCUCUUACCGAGCAAUCACCCCAACCGCCAGAAUCAGUCGCUCGUUAAUUACAGAACUGGCGCGAUGGCGGCUUUCCACAGCCUCGACGAGUUUAGCCAGUACUCUGAUGAAGUGCUGGAUCUCCUCGAGGACCUGUCGUCCCCGUCGUCAGUGUCCGCUAAGGUUCUGGAGGCUGUGGACGCAGCUGGAAGUGAAUCUCGUCACAGCACUUCUAUUAAUGUGUCUCUGAGUCAUGCUGAGCAGGGGCCUGUGGACCCGUCCAUAGGGGAGAAGCCUGGGGAGCCUGUUCACAUACUCAGCAUUGCUGUGCAGGACAAUGGGAACCAGCAGGACGACGCCACCAUGUCGAGGCUCUUUGGGGACUGGUGCCAGGCGAACAAAGACGAGUUGAUAUCACGGGGAAUACGACGAGUGACAUUCGCAGCCCUUCAAAGACGCCAGUUCCCCAAAUUCUUCACAUUCCGCCAUCGCGAUGGCUUCGUCGAGGACAAGAUCUACAGACAUCUUGAGCCUGGCACUGCUUUCCAACUGGAGCUGACUAGAAUGAGGACUUAUGACCUCGAAGCCCUGCCAACGUCCAACCAGAAGAUGCAUCUGUACCUGGGACAGGCGAAAGUCGCCAAAGGACAACAAGUCACUGAUUACAGGUUCUUCAUUCGCUCGAUCGUGAGGCAUUCGGACUUGAUAACGAAGGAGGCGAGCUUCGAUUAUCUUCAUAAUGAGGGGGAACGGGUCCUCCUGGAGGCCAUGGACGAGCUCGAGGUCGCAUUCUCUCAUCCCCUGGCCAAACGAACGGAUUGCAAUCACAUUUUCCUGAAUUUUGUGCCAACAGUCAUCAUGGAUCCGGCGAGAAUUGAGGAGAGUGUGACGAGUAUGGUUUUGAGGUAUGGCCCGCGAUUGUGGAAGCUGAGGGUUCGACAGGCUGAGAUCAAGAUGACCAUCAGACCAGCACCUGGAAAACCGACCUACAAUGUGCGGCUCUGCAUCUCCAAUGACAGUGGCUACAGCAUUGACCUUCAUUUGUACGCGGAGACGACUGACCCCAAGACUGGUGUCAUCAGGUUCGAGUCUUAUGGGUCCAAUAACGUGGAGACCUGGAGGCCUGGACCGAUGCACGGACUGCCGAUAUCUACCCCAUACCUGACCAAGGACUACUUGCAAGCCAAGAGAUUCCAGGCUCAGAGUGCAGGCACCACUUACGUCUACGAUCUGCCCGACAUGUUCAGACAGCAGAUCGAGAAGUCGUGGACGAAAUUCCUGGAUGAGAGGUCAACUGAGGGGCAGACCCACCAGCUACCAGUCAUGCCGAACCCUGUAAUCGACUACGUAGAGUUGGUUCUAGACGGUGACGUCCUGAUGGAGCAAAAACGCCUGCCCGGGGAGAACGACGUGGGAAUGGUGGCGUGGAGAAUGACCCUCUACACCCCAGAGUACCCGGCAGGACGUGAGAUAAUCCUCAUCGCCAACGACCUAACGUACCUCAUCGGUUCCUUCGGCCCAAGGGAGGAUCUCGUCUUCUACCUGGCGUCGCAGAAGGCCCGAGAGCUAUCAAUCCCUCGAGUCUACUUCUCAGCGAACUCAGGAGCUAGAAUAGGUCUCGCUGAGGAGGUCAAGAGCCUCUUCAAGGUCGCCUGGGAGGACGACACCUCCCCCGACAAGGGCUUCAAGUACAUCUACCUGACCCCGGACGACUACGCUCGCCUGGCCUCCGUCAACUCGGUUAAAGCAUCACUGAUCGAGGACGAGGGUGAGUCCAGGUAUCAGAUCACCGAUAUCAUUGGCAUUGACGAUGGCCUCGGGGUGGAGAAUCUCAAGUACGCGGGGAUGAUAGCUGGGGAGACGUCGAAGGCUUACGACGAAGUGGUGACGAUAUCGGUGGCCACUUGCAGGGCCAUUGGCAUUGGCUCGUACCUCCUUCGUCUGGGUCAGAGGGUCAUUCAGAUAGAGAACUCAGACAUCAUCCUCACGGGGUACAGAGCGCUCAACGCAGUCCUGGGGAGGGAGGUGUAUGCAAGCAACAAUCAGCUCGGUGGCAUCUCCAUAAUGCACCACAAUGGGGUGUCUCAUGCAACAGCACCGAGGGAUCUCGAUGGCGUCGACACUGUCCUCAGGUGGAUCAGCAUGGUGCCCAAGGUCAAGGGAGCACCACUGCCCAUUGUCAUACCAUCGGACCCCAUCGACAGAGAAAUUGUGUACGUUCCCACGAAGACUCCCUACGACCCCAGGAUGAUGCUGGAGGGCAGGAUGUCAGUGGACACCAACACCUGGGAGUCUGGAUUCUUCGAUCGUGGCAGUUGGGAGGAGAUCAUGAGGCCCUGGGCGCAGACUGUCGUCACUGGAAGGGCUAGACUUGGGGGGAUACCUUGUGGUGUUGUUGCUGUGGAGACUAGAACUGUUGAGUUUCAAUUGCCUGCUGAUCCCGCUAAUCUUGAUUCUGAAGCCAAGACUGUGUCGCAGGCUGGACAGGUGUGGUUCCCAGACAGCGCUUACAAGACAGCACAGGCCAUCAAGGACUUCUCGAGGGAGGAAUUGCCACUGUUUAUUUUCGCCAAUUGGAGAGGCUUCUCGGGGGGUAUGAAGGACAUGUACGAGCAGGUGAUUAAAUUCGGGGCGUACAUAGUGGACGGGUUGAGGGAGUACACGAGACCUGUUUUCGUUUACAUUCCACCGAAUGGGGAGCUCAGGGGUGGGGCGUGGGCUGUGAUUGAUACGUCCAUCAAUCCGAGGUACAUGGAGAUGUUUGCGGAGCCAACGAGCAGGGGAGGGGUUCUGGAACCUGAGGGCAUUGUCGAGAUUAAAUUUAAGAAGAAGGAUGUCAUUAAGGCCAUUCACAGGAAUGAUGCUGUUGCUCAAGGGUUGAAGGAGAAAUUGGGGAGUGCGGGACUGUCAGGGGAGGAGAAAGCUCAUUUGGAGGCUGAACUACGUCAGAGGGAGCAGCUGCUGCUGCCACUUUAUCAUCAGGUGGCUGUGCACUUCUCCGAUCUUCAUGACACCCCUGAGAGAAUGCUCGAGAAGAAUACGAUUCACGAUAUUGUGCCGUGGAAGAAGUCCAGGAAGAUUCUGUACUGGAGGCUCAGGCGGCGAUUGCUUGAGGAUGAGAUCAAACGGGAUCUGCUCUCCACUCAGCCUACGCUGGAUUAUCGACAGGUUGAUGCCAUGCUAAGGAGGUGGUUCGUCGAGGACAAGGGGACCACUGAGUCGUAUCUCUGGGAUCAGGACGAAGCUGCUGUCUCCUGGCUCAUCGAUCAGGUUCAGAAUGAAAAUAGUGUUGUGACGAGGAAUAUCAAUUGUGUUAAGCGGGAUGCUGUUGUUACGCGGGUUAAGGACGCUAUUGAAACGUGUCCGGAGGUGCGACUGGACGCCGCUUUGGAGAUUGUACAUCGACUUCAGCCGUCCGAACGCGCCGAGUUGCUGAAGACACUGGCGCAGUUGGAGACGUCGCAGGAGGUUGAUUAAUGAUUAGUCGUAUCUCGGGGGAGAUGAGGGGCAAACUGAAUGUACAUUAUGAGGGUUUUGGGUGAAUGUUUCUGGGGGAAAUGUGUAAUUGAAAAUCCUAGCCCUUUCCUGGGGGAAUUCUGGUGAGAAUGAUUUGGAUGUUUUUUAGUUUUUUAGGGUAAAAUAGCUCGAUGGGAAGAGUCAAUAGAGGUUUAUUUUGUUAUACAAUGUGUUCUGUUGGUAUUUUUAUUUGAAUGCAGGUGAGGGAAAAAUUAGUGGAAAAAGGAAAUAUGAGUAAAAUAAAUUUUAUAAAU